AUGUCGCAAAGGUCAUAUAAUAAAUUGUGGGCCGAUGUCCAGCUGGAGUUGAGUCGUCUGCUGGCGGAGGAGCUGCCUGCUGAGCCCCUUCGUCCAGAGAAGGACAGGGUAGUGUUCUUCCAGCGUGUCGCCCUGUUUUAUGUUCGCUACCUCCAAAUCUUCAGAAAGCUGGAGAUCUAUGACCAGGUCGUCCACCCUCAGAAGAGACGAUUAAUUCGGACAAUUCUUGAUGGUGUGAUAGGGAGGCUGUUGGAGCUGAAGAAUGAAAUGGUGGAGAAAGAGUAUUCAGAGUACCACUACAUGGACGACAUCCUUCAUGACUUAAAGCUCAGUCCUGCAGACCUUGAAAUCCCAAUUCCUCGCUAUUUCAUCACUGAAUGCAGCAAAGAAUUCCAAGAACGAAAGACAAUGGUGACAGAUAUCCUUAAAAUGGUGGAAGUUACCGAAAGCCUAGAACCUCUUAAGGUCAAGGAAAUGAGUCCAGAGAAGGCCAUUAAGAUCAUUCAAGUUGCGGAGAGGGCACGCCAAGGACGCCUGAGGGCAAAGUUGAAUGAAGAGAGCAGAAAUAUGAACAGGAUGUACAAGACCAAGGAGCCGGGAGCAGCUGACAUUGAGUUGGCUGCAGUCUGCAUUCAGAAGGUGUGGAGAGGUUACGUAGAGAGGAAGAGGACAAAAAUUGCUCGGGAGGAAGAAAUGAUUUUUCUGGGAAUGGCCAUGGAUCCAAAAUAUAAGGUGCCACGCCCUGCAGAAAUUGCUGUGAAAGCUACCGAAGCCUGCAAUCGGAUUAAACAGCAAGAGCAUGAAGAAGACUACCAAAAGUCAAUAGUAGCCAUCACAAAACAACUACUAGAUGUGGAGGGUCAUGACAUGAGCAACACCAUGAAAGACCAAAUCCGACAGUGGUUCAUUGAAUGCCGCGAUGCUAACGGCUCAUUUCCAGACUACCCCGAUGCAGAGGAUGGAGGCUCAGCUCUCCUUUUUGCAGAGAAGAAUCCUCAGCAGUUAAUGGAAGAAAUUGCUGCAAAGGAAGAGGACGAUUCAAACAACAGAUCAAAAGGAAAGGAAGAAAAGAAGAAAAAUGGGAAGAAAGACAAGGGGAAAACCGACAUAGAAGAGGAGGAGGAAGGGUUGAAGAUGCUACCUUCGGCUUUUCUGUCAGACCUGCAAGUGGGAAACCAAACCUUUGAAGAUUUUUGGCAAAACCGCAACGAGUCCCAAAACUUUGUUCAGCGGCACGAGGUGGAGCUGAUCAAGGAAGAAAGACGGAAAGUCAUUGAGGCAGAUAUUCUAUUACAGGUGGAUGUGCAGAUGAGACAGGAGCUGGCUGAAUGGAAACUGGCUGUGGAUAAAGACAAGGGUGGUAAGACUAAGGGAAAUGCCAAGAAAAAGAAAGGAUCUAAGAGUGGGAAGAAGAAGAAAAAGGAGAAAGACCUGACUGCUGAUAGGACUCUUGAGUCUCUGUGUCAGGAGCUUGUGGAACAGGGCUUGUUGAAAAAGCCAAAUAAUGUGGCACUGCAGGAUUAUAUCGGUGACUACAGCUACCUUGGGACAACACUCAGGCAAUAUGACAUUGAGCCCAUGCCGUCAUUGUCGGAUGUACGACAAGUCUUAACUUUAUAUGGAAUUUUACCAUUAGGCUCUCAGGUGGUUCAUGAAAGAGCUCCUCUGAUAAAGGCCAUACUACUAACAGGGCCAGCAGGUGUAGGUAAGAAGAUGCUGGUCCACGCCAUCUGCCAGGAGACAGGGGCCAACCUCUUCGAUCUGUCACCUCUGAACACGGCAGGAAAGUACCCAGGCAAGAGUGGCCUCGCCAUGAUGCUUCACAUGGUCUUCAAGGUUGCAAGACUGUUGCAACCUUCUGUAAUAUGGAUCGGAGAUGCAGAGAAAAUGUUCUACAAGAAAGUCCCCAAGGAAGAAAAAGAGUUAGAGCCCAAGCGGUUGAAGAAAGAUUUGUCCAAGUCCCUUAAGUUGAUCAAAGCGGAAGAUCGUGUUCUGAUAGUCGGAACAACUCGAGACCCUCUCAGUGCUGACAUUAAGUCACUGUGUAAAAUGUACAGCAAAAUCCUCCUCAUCCCAAGACCUGACUACGGCUCGAGAUAUAUCCUGUGGAAACAACUGAUCACAAAUCAGGGAGGUGAGGUGACCAAGGCUCUGGACCUCAGCUCUCUUUCGAAGAUUUCUGAUGGCUACACUCCAGGUCACAUGGUACGGGUGGUCCAGAGAGUUGUCACUAAACGCCGCGUCCUACAUCAGGCAAAAAGACCCCUGACCGCUUCAGAGUUUGUUCCCCCUUUGGCCAAGAUCGACCCUGUGUUUCAGGAAGAGGAAGAGGCCCUUAAAAACUGGUAUGCAAAGACCCCUCUGGGAAAGAAGAGGAUUAAAGCUGCCACUGGAAAGGAUGAAGAAGAAGCUCCGGUCAAAAACAAAGAUGCAAAGAAGAAGAAAGGAAAGAAAUAA